AUGGAUAGUCUAAUGUUGUCCAAGGAUAAAAGUCUUCCAAGCAGAUGUAAUUCAAAUAGAACUGAAGUAUUAAGAAAACAUUUGGAAAAGUUACAUCAGAUUAUAGAUAUAAAAUUCAAUGAAUGUGUCAAAAGAUACGAAGAAGAGCAAACAACAAAAUGGGUGGAACAGCUUCAGAAUUUUGAUCAAAUUUCUGACUGUGAUACUCCCUCAAGUGAAGCACUACAUAGAUACUUUGUCAGUAGUAUAUUAGCAAAGCGACCACAAAAGUUGGUAAUACAAAGCAAGAGUGAUUCAAAUUUAAACAUGAAAACAAGUAAUCAAUUCGUGGAUACUACUGUAAGAAAAAAUAAAUCGAACGAAACGACACCCGGUCAGAUUGUCGAUAUGACUCAAUUCAAUGUUACACCUCAAUGGUCAACAGAAGAUAUCUCUGAGGAUAGUAGUAACUACAGUGACAGUGUGGCAGAGAGUUGGGAUAAAAUAUACAAAAAACCAUUUAAAAUAAAAUCAUCAUUUGGUGCCUUAACGAAUGUUAGAGACAAGCUGAUAGAAACAUACAGAAUAGAUUGUCAAAUGCUCAACAGUCGACCUCUUAAAUCAGUAAUUUCUCGUAUUGGCAAACUAGACACUACAGGGAUUAUGGAUCUAUCGGAAUUGCAUUUGAGCAAAUUGCGAUUUAAACCAGUGGCGAGUUUAAUCAAGAAGUGCAGUACACUAGAACGAUUGGAUCUAAGUUAUAAUAAUUUUGGAAAUGUUGGUGUAUCAUUGGUCGAUACAAUAUUGGAUGAAUUCGCACUUUUAACAUACGUUAACCUUUCAGGUAAUCCGAUGGAUCAAGAGGCCUGCAAACUCAUACAAUCGAUACUCACGAAAAACACUCAAAUGAAUACAUUAAUACUAAAGGAUGCAAAAAUAAAUGAUGACGGUGCAGUUGCGAUUGCUAAUGGGUUAAGAGUGAAUACACGCUUAACAAAACUUGAUCUUUCAAAAAACAACAUCAUGUCAGAUGGAGCUAGUGGAUUGGCUAAAGCAUUAACUAACAGUAUAUGCUUGAAAUGGCUAAGUCUACACUGGAAUCAUAUACGUGCACAAGGAGCUUCUGAAUUCGGUAAUACAUUGGAGUUUAACACUUCAAUUCAAUAUCUGGAUUUAUCAUGGAAUGGAUUCAAUGGCAGAAGUUUGGAGAAACUUGGUAGAGGUUUAAAACGAAAUUGUCAUUUAGAAGAAUUAAAUCUCAAAUACAAUCGUAUUGAUUUGAAAGGUGUUAUUGGAUUUGCUGACUGUCUGUAUACAAAUAAAACGCUGAAACGAUUACUGAUUGGUCUAAAUCCGCUAACAAUAGCCGGUAUUCAUGAAUUAGUUGAUGUUAUUGAAAAGUCUUCAACAUGUGUCCUUGAAGAAUUAGACUUAGAAGGCUUGACAAUUAAUGAAAAUAUCUCACAGCAAGUAUUUCGUAUCAACCGAAGACGCCAAUUUACACUUAAAGCUGAAAAUUGUAUCAAAUGGGAACCACGUAGAGGAAAGUAUAGUAAAACAGAUCCUGUGACAUUCUUGAUCAACUAUCUUAAUAGACAUGGAAUGCGGUUAUUGGAUUUAUAUCAUUUACUGGAUCCUCAACAAGCAGGAGUUAUCAGCUCUGCUCAAUUCACGGAAAGAAUGAUAAAAUCUGAAAUUCCACUAACUCCUGAUGACCUACAAACGCUAAUUAAAUACAUUGACCCUGAUGGUACUGAUCGAAUAACUUAUAAGUUGCUUGCAAAUCGAAUAUACUUUUUUCGUAUAAGUGUUGGAGAACAAUUACGGAUCAAGGCUGCUGAAUUCUCAAAGCAUCAAUUAGAUCAGACAAGAUUAUUUGUACGUCCUGAAGGACCGAGUGAUAUCAACAGACCGCCAAAAGGCUUUCCUUCUAAGAUGAAAACUUCAGCAAAAAAUUCAAAGGGGCAAGAAAACUCCAGCAAACCUACAAAAACUGGAAUAUUUCGUGUGAGUAAAACUGCGAAAAACUCAAACACUACUCAAAGUAAAAAGAAUUUACAAACGAACUCUCUUGAAAAAAGACAACAAAACAACAGUAGUUCAUCAACAAAAUGUGGAAAGAGCGUCAAGACCGACAUCAGGGGAAAUAAAUCAACUCGUAAUCCACUUAUCAAAGAAAGAUUGAAUUUUAAUUCGGAAAGUGAUUCUGUUUGUGGCAAAGAGUCAGGUGUUAAAAGUUUACAAAUUAAAUAUACACCAUCAAAUAUAGAAAGAUACAAAGACUUUGACAAAAGUUCAUGUGAUUCUACAAGUAUUAAAAGAAUUCAAGUAAUUCCAAUCUCUGAAGUAUUCGAAAAGAAAUACUUUUGA